AUGCUGCGACUGCAGCCGGUCGCGUGCACCACGCGCUUCGGGCUCAGUUGCUUGUCCAGAACUUCUAGAAACCCAGCAUUCCUCCCAAAGCACCGAUCUAUUGUCUACGGCUUCACGAGUGCUCGGAGUCUGCACUCAAACCGAUGGCGCCCGCAGCCUGCCCUCGUCUCGCAGACGCCGUCCAGCCAUCUGCUCCCCCGCCAAAACAUCCGAUUUGUAUCCGGUAAACCUUUGCCACGAACACAAUCCCGCGCCCUUAACUUCAUAUACCGGUCUGCUGCAUGGUUUGGUGGUUCGAUAGCAAUUCUGGGGCUUGGUGUUGUUGGGUUCUUCAUCUAUGAUGCCUCGACUUACCGCGAAGAUCCGUCCUUCAAAGACAUCCAAGUCUCCAAGUUGGCAUUGAGUCCAAGAAGAGGCGGGCCGAAGAAUCUCCCUAUAGCUGAGGUUCAAAUCGACGAUAACGACGACAUGGAAAUGGAGGAUCAGACGAGUAAACCAAGACUCGUGGUCCUUGGAAGCGGAUGGGGUAGCGUUGCUCUUAUCAAGACGCUGAACCCAGACAACUACCACGUGACACUGGUAUCACCGACCAACUACUUCCUCUUCACCCCCAUGUUGCCGUCCGCAACUGUCGGGACACUGGAAUACAGAUCUCUGGUGGAGCCGAUCCGGAGGAUUGUUCACAAAGUGAGAGGUCAUUUCAUCCGGGCUACAGCUGAAAAUGUUGAGUUCUCCGAGAAACUGGUUGAACUGUCGCAGAAAGACCCCGCUGGAAAUGAAGUACGGUUCUAUCUUCCCUACGAUAAACUUGUCAUUGGUGUCGGAUCGACUACAAAUCCCCACGGUGUCAAGGGUCUUGAGAAUUGCCACUUCCUGAAGGACAUCGACGAUGCGCAUCAGAUCCGCAACCAAAUCAUGACAAAUUUGGAGUCUGCUUGCCUACCUACAACUUCUGACGAGGAGAGAAAAAGACUGCUCUCAUUUGUCGUUAGUGGUGGAGGACCAACCGGUGUGGAAUUUGCGGCUGAGCUAUUCGAUCUACUGAACGAGGACCUGACUGAAUACUUUCCGAAGAUUCUUCGCAAUGAGAUCUCAGUACACUUGAUUCAGAGCAGAGGACAUAUUCUUAACACAUAUGAUGAGGCAGUCUCGAGAUAUGCUGAAGACCGCUUCGCUCGCGACCAAGUUGAAGUCCUCACGAACUCGAGAGUCAAAGAAGUUCGACCAGACAAGAUCUUGUUCACCCAAAAGGAUGAAAAUGGGGCGACGAUUACGAAAGAGCUACCCAUGGGAUUCUGCCUUUGGUCAACUGGGGUCUCCCAAACCGAAUUCUGCCAAAGAGUUGCGGCCGCUCUCGGGUCUGCACAAACAAAUCGUCAUGCUCUGGAGACGGACACCCAUCUCCGGCUGUGUGGGGCCCCGUUGGGAGACGUAUAUGCCAUUGGUGAUUGUUCUACGGUCCAAAACAACAUUGCCGAUCAUGUCUUCACUUACCUACGAAGUAUGACGUGGGAGAAGGGAGACCCAGAAUCCAUGCACCUUACGUUCUCCGAGUGGCGCGACCUUGCUCAGAAGGUUCGCAGGCGCUUCCCCCAAGCAGCAGAGCACCUCAAACGCCUCGACAGGCUCUUCGCCACCUUCGACAAAGACAAGUCCGGAACACUCGAAUUUGGCGAAUUGCGCGAACUCCUGAUGCAGAUUGACAGCAAGCUAACCUCCCUCCCGGCAACGGCGCAACGCGCUCAUCAACAGGGGAAAUAUCUCGGUCAUAAAUUCAACAAGAUAGCGCAGGCGCUCCCUGGCAUGGCCGUCAACGAAGUCCGGGAUGGUGCUAUCGACGAGGCUGUCUACAAGCCCUUCGAAUACCACCAUCUGGGAAGCCUGGCUUACAUCGGGAACUCGGCCGUCUUUGACCUCGGCCGAGGCUGGAGUCUGACGGGCGGGUUGUGGGCGGUUUACGCCUGGCGCAGUGUGUAUUUUGCGCAGAGCGUGAGUCUCCGGACGAGGAUUCUGCUGGCGAUGGAUUGGGCGAAGAGAGCUCUGUUUGGCAGAGAUCUCAUGAGUUGGUAG